UCAAGUACUCUUGUUUGUACCAUAAGACUCUUUUAUUCUAAUCUCUCUAUAAAACACUCUCGUUUUGCUUCUCAACUUUCUUCUUCUUCUCCUUCUUCUUCUUCGUUUUUCCUUUUUUCUUGUCUAAGGUUAUGAAGAAACUGAUGCGGAGACUAUCACGAGUUAAGGUGAAUCACUCGACCCAAUACUCAGUACUCCGAUCUGAGCCGCCUGAUCCGGUGGAACCCACCAAGCAAAGAUCGGACGUACCGCAAGGGCAUUUCCCGGUAUACGUGGGGAUUGAUCAGGGGCGGAGGUUCAUCAUCAGUGCCGAGAUGCUGCGGCACCCAAUCUUCGUGGAGUUGCUGAACAGAUCAGCCCAAGAGUACGGGUACGAGCAAAGGGGAGUGUUGAGGAUCCCCAUUAACGAUGUUGUCUUCGAACGUGUUCUUGAAUCUCUCAGGCAAGGCCAAGAACCUUCCAGUCUUGAUGAACUGGUUUAGUUAGAUAAGAAAAAUAUGUAGGGGAAAAAAAUGAAAAAACAAAAAGAAAGAAUGUUUUUUUCCCUUUCUUCUUACGAUAUUUCUUGUUAGGUGAGAUAUCUCGUUGUCGUUUGUAUAUAAUGUGAUGAUGGAAAAAGCAGGCUUUGGUGCUGUAAAAUAGCAGUUACUUGUUUCAAAAGCAG